CUGAGGCUCAGAUGCAUGAACGACUGCUUGCGUCGAGUUCUUCACUUCAGAUAUGAUAACCUUGGUGGAGACAGACUGCAAGCAUGUCUUGAAACGCCAAUUGUUUGCAUGUCUAUGGUACGGAACGUUACCCGCCCAAACGGCGUUCCGAUCGACUCUUGGGACUAAUGCAUCAACCACACUUCAGGGACGAGUUACCGAGAUGUUGGAAAGCUUCCCCACGUGGUAGCUUGCUGAGGGUUCUAGUGCAACAUUCGACUGCUUGACCG